AUGACGGUUGCGUGGCAAAGGUGGGGAAGAGUGACGGUGAGGUUGGGACAACGACACACUGCUGACUCGGUGACCGGUGGGCGGCUGCAGCGGACAUUUAUGGUUUUCGAAUCAAUCAAGCUCCUCAUCUUCUUCGCAAGUCAAAACUCGAAAAUGAGCCGACACCCUGAAGUGAAGUGGGCCGAAAGGGAGGACAAAGUGUAUCUUACUGUGCUGCUGUCAGAUGCUAAAAAUCCAAAGGUCAAUGUUGACCCUGAAGGAACAUUUACCUUUUCUGCUACUGCUGGUACAGACAACAAUCUCUAUGAAGUCAAACUGAAUCUACUCGACAAAAUUAAUGUGGAGGAGAGCAAGAUAAACAUAGGUCUGCGUAACAUAUUCUGUGUUUUGGAGAAAGCCGAGAAGAAAUGGUGGACAAAAUUGUUGCGUGGAGAUGAGAAGACGCCUCACUAUGUUAAAGUAGACUGGGAUAAAUGGGUGGAUGAAGAUGAUGAUACUGGUGCACCAUCCGAUCUUGAUUUGGGUGGAAUGGAUUUCUCGAAAUUUGGCGACAUGGGUGGCUUGGGUGGUAUGGGUGGCUUGGGUGGUAUGGGUGGUAUGGGUGGUUUGGGUGGCAUGGGUGGUUUGGGUGGCAUGGGUGAUAUGGGUGGUUUAGGCGGCUUGGAUGGUAUGGGAGAUGACUUUGAAGACUCUGACGACGAUGAAGAAAUUAACAAGCCAGAAGGGAAAGCUGCUGCUGACAAGGCAGAGGGAGAAGCUCCCAAGGACAAAGCAGAAACUGCACCAAGUACAUGA